AGAGAGAUACACGCACACGCCCACACAUAAACUGCUGUAGUGUUUUAUGUCAUUUGAGAAACAUCUGGAGCAAAAAACGAUUCUUGGUGAUGAUAUAAUCUGAGAACUUAAUGAUGCCAGUUAUAUGUCAUAAUCGUGAAGAGGACAACGGAUAAAUCCCGUACUUUCUGUGGCUGUUUGUACUAAUAGUUUCGGAGAGGCAUAACUUCAUGUUAGAUCGAAAGCUACGGAUCAGUUUUUGAUUAUGCUGAUUGGGAAAGUUCAACUACAUUAAAAUCAUUUCCUUCAAAUACGCAACUUUGUAAAACAGUACAAGAAGAUGUUUUGCUCCAAGUCUGUCCUCUGUGAUGCUUUGACGGCCCUGCUGGUAGUUACCUUUGGGACCAGCACAUGGGUCUCACUUGGUGGGCUCUGGGUAGAACUGCCACUUCUUACCAACUUAGGCAUCCCCGAAGGAUACAGAAUCGGCUCUUACCUUAUCAUCGCCACGCAGGCAGCUGCAAUCGGACCACUUAUUUUCGUCACAUGCCAGUGCCUCGCUCCAAAGAACUAUCAUCUAGAAAUCCCGACUAUCUACGCGACUCUAGCCGUGGGUGCCACAGCUAGUUUCCUUUUGAUAUUCUUCUGGGACUAUUUUUCUUUCUGGUCCGGGGAUGAGCAUAGCAUCGCGUUCCUUAUUCUAGCGUUUUUCAUGGCUCUCGUCGACAGCACGUCCAACCUGACAUUUAUGCCUUUCAUCUCCAGUCUCAAAUCAAAGUACCUGAAUUGGUAUUUCAUAGGGGAAGGACUUAGCUCCGUGAUUCCAAGUUUUGUGGUGCUCAUUCAAGGCACUGGUGGCGAAGAUGAAUGCGUUGCAAAUCAUACAUUCAUCAACAUCACCGUGGACCCAAACACCAACGUCACAAUUUGUCAAAACUGCACCGUAUGGGCCAUUGAGAGGAAUGGAGAUGCCCUUUUCCCUCCACAGAGUUAUUUUAUCUUUAUAUUUGUUGUGUUGACGCUCAGUACAACAUCAUUUUGCCUCCUGCGACGUAUUCCAUUUUUUCGGGACCAAUAUGACGAAGCUGAGCAAUACGAAAAUUCGGAUGAAACGCCAGGUAAUGUGUAUGAAUCGUGGUGUAGUUGCUGUAACUGUUGCACGCGUCGUCGAGAUAACGACGAGAUAACACCUUUGUUAUCAAGUUACAACACUUUUGAAGAAAACAAAACUCAAGAUAAACGAAAAGCAACGGUACAUUCAAACUGCGAAGACAACUUAAAAUUUAAUGAGGAAACAUGUAUGGGAACUGAAAAAGAUCAAAAUGAUAACAGUAAAAUGGCAAACAUUGUAGCUAGCGACAUUUCUAUUGAGAAAGAAGACGUGAAGGGCAACUCUCGUCCAUCCAAAAGCAGUUUCUCAGCAGGACAUGCAUUUCUCUUCACGACUCUGACCCUGAUCAGCGCCCUCACCUAUGGUGUCCUACCGUCUAUCCAGGGCUACUCGUCAGCAGCAUACGGGUCAAACAUCUAUCUUCUUGCUACGACCUUUGCGGAAAUCAGUGUCCCUAUUGGGUUUUCCUUGUGAUGAUUCGUCCAACAACGAGCUACCCAGUUGUCCUCCUGACAUCGCUCUGUGGUGUAACUGCCGGUGGCUAUUGUAUCGUGACAGCAUCCCUCAGCCCAACCCCUCCGCUGCAAGAACAGACCUUCGGGCAAACCUUAAUUGUUCUAGCGUGGAUCGGCCAGGGGCUCUUCUUCUCCUAUUGCCGGGCGACCAUCGGCUUGAUUCUCCGCUCCGACAGUGGGUCCCGCAUGUCCAUGAUGUGCUUCGGAGGCUGUACAACCAUCGGCACCAUGGUCGGCGCCGCGGUCAUGUUCCCGCUCGUAAACGUACUCGACAUCUUUAAGAGCUUCGAUCCAAGCCAGGCAUGUACCAAUCAAGUCACGUGUGUUGAACUAAAUAUAACAGACCCAUCGUAUUAAAAUGAUCAGACAGCUAGCCGACGUCAGCUAGGAUCAGGGGCGGUUCCAGGAUUUGUUUAAAGAAAGGUUGGGGCACCAUUUUUUGAUAUAUCUGACAUGAAGAGAAAAACAAAAACGAAAAACCAACAGCAAAAAACAUACAAAAAGAAUAAGUACAAUCAAACUACACAUUUUCGAGGUGUAUUUUAGCUUUUAAAGGGACUUGGUGACAUUGAUCAGAUGCGAGAAAAUGUUGCUAAGGUAGUGUCUUCAAUGCUAAAUGUACAAUUAAAGAUAAUCUGAAAGUUUUAAGUGAAAACAGACCAUUAAUUAUUAAUGAUACAAAUUAGGAAAAACUUAUCUGAUCGCUUCCUUAAUUCUCCCAAAUAUAUAAUUACAAUUUAAUUACGUUUUAGGUGAAUGUAAAUCGUCACAAAACAAUGGAUUGCUUCU